AUGUCUCCAGCAGCAGGCCCCCAACCUGACCCCUUCACAACCCUGACUGCACAAGAAGCUCCGUUCCCGUCCUUCACCAAGAUCUGGCACCGCAACAGCUACCCUGCCAUUUCUCCAACCGCACCUGCGCAGUCCGCCCAAGGGAAGACAGUGCUCAUCACAGGUGGCGGUGGCAGCAUUGGCGCGGCCACCGCACGCUCCUUCGCUGUCGCCGGAGCCGCCCACAUUGCCAUACUAGGCCGAACCGAAAGUAGUUUGCUGGACACCAAGGAGCAGAUCGAGUCUCGGAAGGGCAAUAAGACGAGAGUGUGGACAUUCGUCUGCGACGUCUUCGACCAAGCUGCUGUCGACAAGACCUUCGUUGACUUCGAACGCGGACUCAAGGCUGAGUCGGGAGAGAACUUAAGCAUCGAUGUCCUGGUCCUUAAUGCCGGAUACUGCAAGCACAAGCAGCCGCUGACUGGUGACAUGCCUGUUGAUGAGUGGAUGCUUGGCAUUACCGGAAACCUCACUGGUCCGCUGGUCGUGACGAGAGCCUUCCUGCGGUAUGUCCGAUCCGAAGAAGAUCGAAAAGCGAAAGGGCUCAGCCCGCCAGUCGUGAUCAACGUGUCGAGCUGCGCGAGCUUCAUCGUCAUGAUGCCUGGAAUCAGUGCUUAUAGCGUCGGCAAGGCGGCCGGAGCGGUACUGAUGCAGCAUCUGCAGCUGGAGUAUCCCGACAUGAGAGUUGUGAGCAUCCAGCCCGGUGGGCCUGAUAGUGAAAUGCAGCGAGAUGCAGGAGUGAAGCCGAUGGACCAUGUGUCGUUGCCGGGUGAUUUCAAUGUCUGGCUUGCUGGAAAGGAGGCCGACUUCCUGAAGGGGAAGUACGUGUUCGCGAAUUGGGAUGUAGAGGAGAUGAUAGACCGAAAGCAGCAGAUCGUAGAGGACGGUCUACUGGAGUCGUGGCUGUCCGGAGUGCCCAGGGCCAAGAUGAGGCUGGAGAUGAAGAGUGGUGACACGAUAGAUGCGUGA